AAGACCAUUUCUUGGACGACAAUUAAGAGAGAUCAAAGCAAAAUGACGAUGGUCCAGCUAUAUAGUACACUUAUACUAUCUCCUCCCUCCUCUACUGGACGAAUCCUAAAUGUACGGCCGUCUGAGUUCAGUAAAGAUUAAAGAGUGGUUGGAUUGGAUGAUGGAGUCAACAGAAGUGAAUGGGAUACUAAGAUGGAUAGAGCGCUCAAAACUAAGUCAAUUCAGGAAAGAAGUAUUGUAUGUUGUUAUGGUUGCGCUUGUAUACCAGGUAUGGAGAUCGAGGAACGGCCUGCUGUGGAAUUCAAAGGUGCCGAAAGAGACACAAGUGACCUACCUGACUAAAGAAGAAGUUAAGAGAAGAAUCAUCCAUGUUUGGCCUAAAAAUGUCUCUACAGGUGAUAAAGAAUGGUUUUCAAAUAUUGUAAAGUUAUAGGAGCACAAAAUAUAAUAGAAAGGCUUAUAGAGAAAUAUUGUAUAGCUAGAAAAAAUAUAUAUAGGUCUUCAAAUUGGAGAUGGUAUUACGAUGUAAAAGAGAUAUUUAGAGUAAUGCAUUACACUGAUUUACCAAAAAAAAAGAAUAAUAGAAAAAUAAAUAACAAAAAUCAGAAAAUUAAAUAAAUUAUUAUACGAUAGAGAAUAUAUAUAAAUUAUACAUAUAUCUUAAAGAUUAUGCAUCCUCGAUAAAAUUUUACAUAUAUCUAAAAGAUUACGCAAACAUAAUAUUCAUCAUAUAAUUAACUGAAAUAUAAUAAAACAGAUGAAUAUAUAUUCAUAUGUAACGCCCUAAUACGUACUAAGGGACGCUACCGUAAUUUUUCAACCGAAGUGCUAUCUUUGCUAAUCAAAGUAUUUUCUUGAAAAUCGUGUCAAAUUAAAACAUUUAGAAUUAACUAUGAAACUUUAUAAACUUUAUACAAACAUUUACAAGUGUCGGGAUUCCGUUGUUAAACUUUUUACAAAAUAGUCCAAAUACAAAAGUCAGGUCGUACAAUGACUACAAAAUGAAAACCCCAGAUGUCCCGAGACCGAACACUCCAGGUCGCGCUGCCAUGACAUGGAUAACCUCAUCCUAGCU